UUGUUAUUGUUAGCUUGUUAGCUAGCAGAUGGAUGCGUGAAAUGGAGCUAUGACAGAGUAAUAACGUUUUAUUACAUGUGCGCGAUUAAGUUAUUACAACAGUAGAGUGAUGGAGGACGGAAACAGAAGUGAUGCUGCUUCCACAUCCAAGAGCCACGCAAGCUCACUUCACUUGCAAACUCCAAAAAAUGAGGACACCUAUGAAAUUGCAAUCCCCUACGAGGAGAACAACUUUGAGCAGCAAGGAUUUUUCAACCAGAAUGAUCAGAAUUUUGAUGAGUCCCCCCCCUCUGCUGGCCCAUCCCCAGCCAGCAACUCAUACAUGCUGAUCACCAACUUGCGGACCCAGCUGCAGAUUUCUCUCGAGAAAAACUCGUGGCUUCAGAAACGGAUUGAGGAUCUGGAGGAGGAGAGGGACUUCCUCCGCUGCCAGCUGGACCGCUUCAUCUUUUCCACAAAGAGCCAAGGACAGGGACAGAGCCAGAGCCAGUACAGUAAUGGCUAUGAGUCCAGACGAUUCAACUGGAGGGCAAGAAGAGAGGAAGAUCGUCCUACUGAGCAGCAGAAGUCAGACUCACAGCAUUUCCCCUCACGGCAGUUUAUCCAGCGAAGGCCUGGUCCUCCAACGAUGGUGCCUUCCAAAAAUCAUGUCUCCAGCCCAAUAGCUAAUCAGCUUGCCUCUAUGAAUGCUUUGUUCAACUCUGCGCCAUCCCAGGCCCUCCUGCCAGGCCACAGCACUACCAGCUCCACAGCCAGUGGCAGCAGCGGCAGCAACAACAGCAAUACCAGGUCAACUAUAAGUGAAAUGGGUGGACAUGGUAACGUAGGGCCAGAUUCACUUUCACUUCUGGGAGAUUCUGAGGAGUAUCUGGAGCAAGACAGCUACCUCGAUGAGGACGAAAUGAUAUCAGGGGAGGAUGUAAUGCCAGAGACUAUUAACAGCAACAGACACCCACUGAAGAGAAGGCGGGUCUUCCAAGUCCCCAGAGAACGGCAGAGAGUGAAAGAUGCUGCUGGAGUGCUGUUUCGCUACAAGAAGAUCCUGCUUACCUACCAGCGUCUGAAGAACAUGUCCAAAGCCUUCCAGAUACAUGGUGUGGACCGCAACACAGUGGCCUCCACCACACCCAUUGCUGAGCUGCUACUGGUGGCCCCAGAGAAGGUGGCAGAGGUGGGCGAGUUUGACCCGUCUAAGGAGAAGCUGCUGGAUUAUGCCCGGCGCUGCUACAUUGCCCUGGAUGAGGAGACACUCAGCAGGGUGCAGGCCCUAAAGAAGAAUAACCUGCUCCUGCCCAUCUCGUACAGGUUCAGACACUGAGGGGGGAGACGGGGGAGCGGGGACUCUCUGCAGAAGACAAAGGGGUGGGAGAGGCACUUGAGUUUUGCUGCAGCAGGCUAGCUCACCUCACUGAUGUCCAGGGGCAUGUGGAAACCUUUUGCUAUCUCAGUGCCCUGGAUGUGGCCAUGUAAACUGUGGCUCAGAUCCUCACUUUUUAGAUAAAGACACUUUUCACACCUCACUUUUAUUAUCAGUAUGACUUUAAUUACUGCCAGAAAUCCUCAUCACCACUCCCUUAAUAUCCUGGAUGUGGGGGUGCCUGCUGUAGCUGGAAAGGGACAAAAAAAAAAAAAAGAUUGUUUUUUUCCUCCUUAAGGGGCAAAGUGGCAUAUCUGUGUGACUCACAAUCUUAAGAUGGAGAUCUCUGGACAGGUAUAUGAUUCUUUAUUAAGAUCACGGAGAGGAGAUUGUUCCUCAGUAUUUGUAAAUUAGUGUAACCAACAGAGCCCCUUUGUUUUCUUUCCUUUUCUUUCUUGAACAUCUGGAGAAGCUUGUGGCCCAGAGGUCAAUAAUUGAUUUUCUGGGUCAGUUCAAUUCCUGGUACCCUAAAUGAUUUAUAAACGUAGCAGUUUGUAAAACAUUAUUUCUGUGCAAUUUUGACACAAAGCUACAAAUAUGGUAGUUUUUCAAUCACAAUCUAUAUAUGUUAAAAUUAUACUGCACUCCACAGAUUUUAUAGAGCAAUGCCAUAUUUAAAAAAAAAAAAAUCUUAAGUUGCAGAAAAAUUAUAUCAUUCCUUUAUGUUUGUACUGUUAUUUUGAUGUACUUUAUUUCUGGCACUUUCAUUACAUUCUCAACCAUUUUUGCUUUGUUGCUUGCAUUGUUUUUGUUCGCUUGUGUGAUAAUCAUAUUGUGAUACAUCACACAUAUAAAAUACUAUUAAAAUGUUGAAUUUGUUUGUUGUCAGUAAUAAGGAAGUCGAUGGUGUGGUUGCAUUUCAGUAAUACCUUAACAUUUUUGUGAUUGCCUCAUGUGAGAGAAGUGACAGUGAACGGUCACUUUCACACUCUGAAUCUGGGAGUCGUUUUGCAUUCUCUCUCUCUCUCUCUCCCUCUCGUCCUUCAAGGUUUAAAGGAGGGCAGGAUUCUCUUAAAGACAAGGAAACACAUGCAGCCAUGAACUGAACAUAGUGAAGAGUAGACCCUGAUUAUGUUGUUCAGAUGCAUCCACAAGUCAUUUUUUCACAGUAAUGUACUUCUGAUGGUUGGAGGUUAAAGACAGCUGCAGAAAUGGUGAUAUUAAAGAUCUCUGCCUCAGAAUAAUCGAGCACCCUGUUGCUCUGUGUUUUGGAAUUACAUUGGGCCCUUUUUUUAUUUUUACAAUGCUACUGCACCUAAUUUGUUGUACCCCUGAGUGUUGUACCAAAACUUUUUGUAAUUUCAGUGCACCGACUAUGUUCUGGUUUUGAGGCACGUGUAAAGCUUUGUGACAACGUAUUUGUAAAAUACAGUACAGGACAUUUACACUAUUCUAAAUGUAAUUAUACUGUCUGUUUUGUAACAUUGUGUUACUUUCGCUUCUGUGUGAAAAAUAUUGAUUAGUCACACACAAAACAAAUUUCCAAUGAGCUAUACAAUUUUAUCAAAUGCAACUGAUGACAAUGGCUUGUGCACAUGGAGGAUCUAUCGCUUCUCAAUACCCCACUACAAAUGCAUGUGAAAUAAGCUUGUUGGUGGUCUGUAGUUUAUAGAGGUCUUGUUGAAAUUCAUCAUUUUCAAAGCAGCAGGAGUGUUGAUUACAGUGUAUGAUGAUGUGUAGUGCUUACUGUAUACUGGUACAGUGAAUUGGUUAAGAUCCCUUUAUUAAAACUGAUUAGGUUAGAGUGGAACAAGGUAACUCUUGCUUUUAAUUUCGUACAUAUCUCAUUAACUUAUGUCCAUAAAAAUAAACAGGGAGAGGUACACAGAUCUGUGGAACUCACGUCAUUUUCACCAUGUUUGAUACGGGUGACAGAUCAUUCAUUUUACGUCAACUAAUAUGCAACCAAUGUGAGGUGCAGUCCAACUUUUGUGACACUGGUGAAGCACUACUUGGAUCAUACCGCAAAGCAGUGUUUAAAAAACAAACAACAAAAAAAAAAACCAAUCUAUUCCUCUCAGCUUUUAUUUUUCAUUAAAAAAGACAAACUACUUGAGUGAGAACGUUGUAUCUCCAUCAUACACCAAUUGUACUGUUAAGACAGAAA